GUCCACUGGAUCCUAACCAACAACAGUAUGACGAUCUAACCGCGGAACUGAAGAUCAUAGAAGGCGAUUUUGCUAUCGUCGCCAAACAAUUCGAGACGUUACAACAGGAAAUACAAAGACAGGCGGGUGGUCUAGCUAGUCCAGGCCAAGAGAAACAAGCACAGGAAUUGCAACAGAAGUUAUGGACGAACAAGGUUUUGAUUCUCUUCAGUCUUAUUUAGUCGUGUACUAGUCGUGCUAGUAUUAGAAGCGGGCGCGGCUACCUCUGGUAGUGGUACAGCCACAGCCUCCAGAGCUCGUGCUAACGACUUUGCAGCCAACGAUCGCCUAUAGAUCAUUCUCCUCUAACUCCAGCCGGUAAAAUGGAAG